AUGGCUCUUCCUCCGCUCGGAGCCUCCGAUCUUGCCGUCAUAAGCAGACCAUAUGCUCAAGUCAUCAACCCCAGCUGCUUGUGCAGCGACGGCACUGGAAAAGGUGAUGACAGACCUGGAUACACCAAGCUGACUGUUGACGAUGAUCGUAUGGACGCAUUCCGAAAGGCACUCAACGAAGCCUUCAACAACAACACCGAUCUCGUCACCAAAUAUGGCAAAGUGGAAUUCCUCGGAGACCUACCUCGUGGUUACACUCUCUGGACGCACACGCCCGACAAGACCGUCAGGAAGAAGGAAGAUGCUCGUCCCAUCGAGCUUGUUUACGGUCAUCCCAAGAAAGGCAAGUAUUUCCGUUCAGCCACACACUUUCUGGGCCACCUCGUAGAGAUCAUGGCCGUCAACUGGCAGCGUCAAGAGAUUAUCCACCAGGCUACCAGGGAGGAGAACCUUAGACGUGGCAGGGAUGCUGUCCACAGACAGAAUGAGGCUAACCUUGCCACUGGCCUCUGGUAUCACGAGCUUGACCCGAACAACCCUGCCCAUGCCAUCGGCCUGUACGACCACAAGGAUAUUACGGAAGCCGUUGAAAGUGAUCAAGCAGCCAACCCUACUAUCGACAUCCCUUGUGACUGCUUCCCGGACAAGCCUAAGGCUAAUCUUAAGCCCUAGCUGCUCCUCUACAUACCCGCUUCUGCUCUUGUAUAGAGCACUAUCCCAUGUACCAACAGCCUCAGCAGUCAGGCCAAUAAAGCAUUCAACAAGAACUUAACAUGCUUUCCCCUCUUUCAGAUACACAAUGAAGACAGUCACUACC